AUGUCUCUCCCAGCCCUCAAAGAGUACCGCCGAAAGCCCUAUGAGGCCACCUCCCCCUCGCGACCAGAACUCAACCAGUCUGGCAAAACCAUCGUUGUCACCGGAGGCAACAGUGGCAUCGGAUAUGCCAUCGCUCGCAACUUCAUCAAGGCUUCCGCCAAGCGAGUCAUCAUCUUGGGUCGCCGCCCCGACGUCGUAAAGUCUGCUGCCGACAAGCUAGCUCAGGAGGCAAAGGAGUUUGGCUCCUCCACACUGGCCGAGGGCAGAGUCUGCGAUAUUGCAAGCCUCGAGUCGACCGAAGCGCUCUGGUCGGGUUUCGAGAAGGAGGGCAUUGUCAUCGACGUCCUGGUUCUCAAUGCUGCAGCACACGGAAACGUUGCCCCUAUUCUCAAGAAUGGCCUUCGCAACGUUUGGGCCGAUUUUGAGGCCAAUGUGCGCUCUUCGCUAGACUUUACGGAGAGAUUUUAUAACCAGAAGGGCAAGGGCGCAGAUUCGCGCAAGUUCUUGGUGAAUAUCUCUUCCAUCGUCAGCUACAUGUGGGCUUCAAUGGCCCCCGAGCGUCCAAGUUACGGCUUGACCAAGAACGCUGGCACUACCUUGGUUCAGCAGAUCGCCAAGGAUACCGAUGUCAACGAUAUGCAAAUCGUGAGCUUCCACCCUGGAGGUGUUCUCACGGAUAUGGCUCGCAGCGCUGGUGUCAGCGAGGACAGUGGCAUCCCUUUUGAUGAUGAGAAUCUUCCGGGUCAAAUGGCCGUCUGGGCGGCCAGCCGAGAGGCCGAGUUUCUGCACGGUCGAUUUGUUUGGGCCAACUGGGAUGUUGAUGAGGUCAAGGCCGUUCUGGGCAAGCAGAUUGCUGAAGAUUCGAACUUCUUGAAGGUCGGAGUCGAGGGAUUGUCCGAGAACCUCCCCAAUCCCAUGAUUCCUCCUGAGAUGCUUGAGAAGAUUAUGAAGUUCCAGCAAGAUCUCCAGGCAAAGCUUGCUGCACAGAAAUAA